GGACUAUGAGAGCAUGGGAUUUUGGUGGGCUAAAAAACCCAAUGAUUCAUCAUACCUUUUAUAUCGUUCGUGCUGCUGGCUUUCAUCAUAAAAUAAAAUCAGCAUUUCCUUUUUCUUAUGUUAAAAUCACUUUUUCUUUUGUUGGAGUGCUGGACAUACUUUUAUUUAUUGCAUGUCUUUAUAUUUUUGAUUAAAAUGCAUGCUUUCUUUAUUUGGUGGACUUUUUUUUUAUGAUACAUUUUAUUUCUUCAAACACUUUAACAGCAUAUUGUUUCAUCAAAUGCAAUAAUAUAUAUGUAGAAACCUUGCACAUAGGAAGUAAGAAGUGCAUGAUACAGAGAAAAAACACAAGAAACAUUCACCAAAAAAACAAAAGGGUAGAGAUGGGUAAGUACAGAUUCAGAUUAUCUGAUAUGAUGCCGAAUGCCUGGUUUUAUAAGCUUAAGGAUAUGGGGAAGAGUAGAUCAAGCAAGUCGAGUUCGCGCACUACUAAAAGUAUCAAGCAAUGUUCUCCUACACCAAUUCAAACUACAAGCAUCACAAAAUUCCACCACCCAAACAAGUCUUAUGUUUACUAUCCUACUGUUGAGACCUCUACAGAUAGGUUUACUGAUCCUUUGUACAGUUCACCUUGCAGGAAUCUUGGGCGUGCUUCCGAUGCUCGUUCUUCUACCAGUCCUUGUAGAAAGUCAUCUCAUAGUCAUAGAACAAGUAAAAGAACGACCAUUUACAAACAAAAGAAUGGUUGUAAUACUGCUGAUCAGCCAUUGUAUUAUUCACUUUCGUCUAGUGAGCUUGGCUCUCCUGAAGCUAUUGUUUCUGUGCCUAAUAAUGACUACAGGAGGAAAAGUGUGAGCGUUGAUUUUGGGCCAGAGUUAUUGAUGUUUGAUGAAGUGGGUUCAUGGAGCUCAUCGUCAUUGCGAUCAUCAUGCAGUUGCUGCUGCAGGGUUAGUUCUUCUACUGCUGAUAUCAUCAUUGACUUGAAUCAUCAUGACGAUUCAUCCUUCAGAACAAAGUUCCAGAAGUUGAACGAGUUUGAUGCAGCGUCAGAGCUUGAACUCCGUCCUAUACUCACAAAGAAGCUUCCGGAAGAACAAAUCUUUGACAUCAGUGAAUUAAGCAGUAGUAUCAGAAAAUCUGCAGGUAAAGAGGCGCGUGCUACUCAUAAAAACAAUAAAUAUGUCAGAAAGGUAAAAUCGCGGAGGUCAAGUCUAUCAGAUAGCUUCGCCAUUGUAAAGUCGUCUCUAGACCCUCAUACAGAUUUCAUGGACUCAAUGAUGGAGAUGAUCCAGGAAAAUAACAUAAGGGAGUGUAAGGAUUUAGAAGACCUUUUAGCCUGUUAUCUUUCAUUGAACUGUAAAGAGUAUCAUCCUAUUAUUGUAAAGGUUUUCCAGAAAAUAUGGCUUGAUAUAUUCUGCUCUAUGUAGCAAUUAAGCCCCUAAUUGAAAAAUGUUUCCUAGUUGAAAUUCUUCUAAUUCAGCUAGAUUCCCAUGUACAUAAAGCUAAAUAAUCAAAGCUGUAAAUUUUCUGUUUA